ACUCCCUGGAGACGAUGGAGCACUCAGCAGACGCGUCCGGACUCCUGGAAGGCUCUGAUGUUGGGCCACAGAAAGACAGAGUGGUGACUGAGGAGGAAUGGCUGCAAAAAUGGGAAAUGGGCAACAUUGGAUUUCACAAGGAACAAGGGCAUCCGCUCCUCCGGAAAUAUAUGGAUGUUCUUUUAAAUGGCAAGAGUGGACUAAGGAUAUUUUUUCCACUUUGUGGUAAAGCUGUAGAGAUGAAAUGGCUGGCGGACAUGGGACACAGCAUUGUUGGGGUGGAAGUCAGUGAACAAGCACUGAAGGAAUUUUUUUCAGAACACAAUCUGCCUUAUUUCGAGGAGCCAGUCCCAGAGAUUUCGGGAGCAAAAGUGUUCCAGAGUACCUCCAGCAACAUUUCCCUGUACUGUUGCAGUAUUUAUGAUUUGUCCAGCUCAAUAGUUGGCAAGUUUGAUGGAGUUUGGGACAGAGGAGCUCUUGUAGCUGUGAAUCCAUGUGACAGACAACGCUAUGUCAGCUUGAUGAUGAACCUAAUGGAGAAAAAUUCUUCUUAUCUCCUUGUUACAGUUUCAUAUGAUCCAAACAAGCACAAAGGCCCACCAUUUUAUGUUCCUGAAUCUGAGAUUCAAACCUUAUUUGGCAACUGCUGUGAAAUUAAGUGUCUUGAAAAAGUCAAUGACUUCUCAGACAGACACAGACAAUGGGGACUAGAUUAUUUUCUGGAGGUGCUGUAUAUACUUAAGUUUGUAGCUUGAUUAAA